AUGAGAAAUUAAAACAAGACUAAUCAAUUUCCUUUCUUGCAGAACCACAUGCACAUCUGUAAUACCUGAACACAUCAAAGCCCUGGCCCAGCAAAUGGUUAAGCCAAUGAAAACAACAGUUAAAGAAGUUAAGGAAAUGUAUCAAAGAGGAUGCACCAGAGCACUAUUUUCAGGGACGGUAACAAAGAUGGAGACCAAAGAAGUAAUUGUGAAAAAUGAAGCAACCCCUCUUAAUCAAAUGACGGUGACAGACGACACAGGCUCAAUUACAGUAAAUUUAUGGAGAGCAGCAACUACAUCCCCAGUUAAACUGGGAAGUCAAUUGUCAGUGGAGGGCAACCUCCACUUCAAUACUUAUGAGAACCAAUUGGUAUGCCACGUAAAUUCACGAGAAAAUGUAGAGAUUCAAGAAAGUGUCCGAAUGGAAAAAGCCAUUAGGUUAUUGGGCAUCAGUUAUGACCACACCAUGCAAAAGUUCCUUUUCUUCACCGAAGAAGAAGAAGAAUUACAAAUGUCUCUCGACGAAGCAACAAAAAUAUGGCCACACCCUUCAGAGGAUGAGAUCAGCAAAACGUUACCAUUGGAUAUUACAUGUGUAGUAACUGAAGGCUAUAUGACAGAUGUAGCAAUACAGGAUAUAAAACCUUCAGACAUAGGUCAGCACACCAUGCCAGAGCCAGGUACCUCUGGAAGCAAGCCCUCCAUGCCAGAGCCAGGUACCUCUGGAAGCAAGUCCACCAUGCCAGAGCCAGGUACCUCUGUUUAAAAUAGCAUUAUGCUCAAAAGGAAACAGGUUACUACCUAAAAUCGGCACAAUCAGUUAAUAUUUACAGAAUUUUUUACUUUUUUCUUUUUCAUUCUAAAAGUCAUUUUUGUAAUGCCGAUUAAUGUAAAAUAUACAAGCUGUACGUUUUUCUUUUGUCUGAUGUUUUUCUUUUUUUUUUUUGUUAAUUAUAAUUUUGCCUUACUUUAGUUGUAAGUGUACCUUAAGGAAUAAUGUCUAUUACAUAUAAUAUUACCCAAAACUCAUUCCUUUUUUUUUCUUUUUUAUUCUAAGAGUCAUUAAUGUAAUGCAGAUUAAUGUAUAAUAUACAAGUUGUACAUUUUUCUUUUGUCUGAUGUUUUUCUUU